AGAUAUAGUUAUAUUGGGAAGAUCUAAAGAGGUAAUCGAAGAGGCAUUUAAAAUAAUGGAUGAAGUAGCAAUAGAUAAAGACUUAACAGUUAAUGAUGAAAAAACAAAACAUAUGAAGUUAAUUAGAAAAGAUUGUCAGGGGCCAAGUGGACAAAUUCUACAUAUAAAGGACCAUAAACUUGAACAGGUGAAUAAAUUUCAAUAUUUAGGAACUCAACUAACAGAAAAGAACAAAAUUGAUGAAGAAAUAAAAGCAAGAGUGACAGCAGGAAAUAGAAGCUAUUAUACUUUAAGAUGAAUUCUAACAUCUAAAGAAAUAUCAAGACGCAUUAAGAUCAGAAUAUAUAAGACUAUUAUAAGACCAGUAAUCAUGUAUGGCUCCAAGGUUUGGAUACUGACAAGUAAACAUGAAGAACAGUUGAGACGAUUUGAGAGGAAGAUUUUGAGAAGAAUAUAUGGGCCAGUGCAAGAGAGAGGAGAGUGGAGAAUAAGAAGUAAUAAGGAACUUGAGGAUUUAUAUGAAAAUUCUGAUAUUGUGACAGAAAUCAAAAGAGGGAGAUUUCGAUGGAUUGGGCAUUUGGAAAGAAUGGACCCAGAGAGAAAGGUGUAUCAAGUGCAUAGAGAAAGACCAGAGGGGAGAAGGUUGAGAGGGAGACCACAAAAAAGAUGGGAUGAGGAUGUGGAGGCUGAUUUGAGAAGGAUGGGUGUGAGCUGCUGGAGAAGGAAGGCUCAAGAUAGAGAGGAAUGGGUGAAAAUCCUAGAUGAGGCCAAGGUCCUUCAAGGACUAUAAGGGCAAGAGAGGAGAAGAAGUAGUUGUUGUUGGCAGUGCAAAUGCAGCCUUACUUACUGGUAUUUAACAAAUAAAAUAAAAAAGCAGUUAGUUUAGAAUAGUAGUGAAUAAACUAAGUACAUUAUUAUAAUCAGAUUAAUAUCUGAUUAUAAUAAUGUACUUGUAAUGUAAUGUACAAUUCUAUAAUAAUAUUAGAAUUGGAUUCCAAAGAAGAGUAAAAAGAAAUUGGA